AAAAUGAAGACGUCAGCGUCAACUCGUUGUCGCCCACAGUCUUCAAUAAGUUUAGAUGAAAAAAGGCACAGAAAUCGAAGUCUUGGAUGUAUUUCUCGUUAUUCUGCAUCUCCAUUGCCAGGAUUUUCAGCCUUUUUGGGAACUAUAACAAGGGUAUCAACUGGUCAAACUACAUUUCAUCCAUAUGGAGUUCAGGAACCAUUAUCACCACAAUCUUGUGUUGGAGUAUUCACCUCAAUGUAUUGUAGUACACCAUCGGAAUAUUCAUUUCAACCAAUGUUCAGUUUAUCUGACACUCCUCCAUUAGUAUCUCCAGAACCAGAUGAUGACGUGGAUUUUUCGCCGGAUAUGACAAGGAAGAAAGAGUCUGCUUCAUCAGGAUAUGGAUCUGCUGGAAGUGAAUCUGAACAUGAUUUGAUGUCAUUACGGAGUGACGAUAUCAAGUUUCGUGGACGGCUCCGUCAUAGAGGUUCUCACGUUGGAGGACAAGCACAGGAUCUUCAUCGUCGGCGUUCGAUGCCUCCAACAUAUAAUUUCGAGAGUGAUGUGACCCGAGUCGUGUGUCAUGAUGGAUAUGCCACAUAUGAAACUAAUGUGGACACCGGAGAGCAAAUCCGGAUGGAAAUACGAGGAAUGAGUCGACCUGAAUCAGUACUUCAAUUAGCUCGUAAAUUCGGAGAAAUCUCUGCGGCUCAGGAAAAUGAUAUUCACAAAUCCCGACUUUCACUGAAACUUGGGGGAAAAGAAAAUUUAACAAAGCCAACUUUGAUCUUAUCGAAAAGUGGGCCGCCUACUCCAAUCAGACAUGUUGCUCCCACUAUCACCCACACACUUCCAAAUCGUCCAAAUAUCGGAGGAAUCGCCAGUUUAAAGUCCGAACCAAAAAUGUCUCGUCCGAAUAUGUUCAAGCAAAUGGAAAAGGUUGAAUCUAACACAACUACAACUGCUCCACCACGUCAGCUUAAUCCGAAUUCCAUAAAGGAUGCACUUUUGCGUUGGAUUCAAAAUAGAGUUGCUGGUUACCCGAACGUGAAUGUAACAAACUUCUCCUCAUCAUGGGCUGAUGGCAUGGCAUUCUGUGCUCUUAUUCAUCGGUUUGCUCCAAAUUCAUUCGACUUCUCAAAGCUUGACCCAAACAACAGAAGAUAUAAUUUUGAUUUGGCAUUCAAAGUUGCAGAAGACAAUGGAAUAUUCCCAUUAUUGGAAGUUGAUGAUAUGAUUAUGAUGGGUGACCGUCCAGAUUGGAAAUGUGUAUUCACUUAUGUUCAGUCCUUCUACAAACAAUUCCGUGAUCAUCCAUAA